UUAUUGUAGUUAAUUGUGAACUAGGUUUAGGUCUUAGGUUUAAUUUUUGACAUUUACAUUCUUCACUGUGAAACAUUAUCAUUGGUCGGGGUUAUUAUAUUACUUUUUAUAACAUCUCAGGCACUUGAAAAGUUAUAUAGAUAUGAACUCUGUGGAUCCACGUCGCAAGGAUAAGGUGAUUCGCUAUAAACCACCACACAACCAAGGGCAGGCGGGUGGAUCCAGCGAGGACCUUAUGCCAGAUUAUAUGAAUAUUUUGGGGAUGAUUUUCUCAAUGUGUGGAUUGAUGAUGAAGCUUAAAUGGUGUGCAUGGUUCGCGCUAUAUUGCUCUUGCAUAAGCUUUGCAAGUUCUAGAGUCAGCGAUGACGCAAAACAGGUACUCUCAUCAUUUAUGUUAUCUGUGAGUGCAGUAGUCAUGUCAUAUUUGCAAAAUCCUGCACCAAUGACUCCUCCAUGGGCUCCAUCUGCCUAGAAUUCGUACCUUUUGUAAAUUCGCUGAAAUAAAAUUAUUCCACAAAAUUA